AUGGCCGCAAAAACUUUGCAGUAUGGGGGUGGUAGCCACGUGAAAAAACCCAAUGCCACCAAAGUUGGCAUGAAUCAACAGAAUCCUCUAUGUAAAUUGUCCCCAAAAACUCCACUGAGUCAAGAGGGGGGCAAGUUCGAUCAAACCCGACAUGGGGUUGUCACACCAGUGCUGGCUGGGAACAAAUCCAUGACUAGUGGUGGUCUGGGGGGCAAGGCCAAUGCCAAACAAACUCCAAACUCACGUGGAAUUUUAAAAGGGGCAACGUUGUUGUGUGAUAGGUUCAAAAGUCAUGUUCGUGCUAAGAAAAAUACCAACGUACCUGUUGAUGAAAAGUCUCGACGCUCAUACUACCAACAACAUGGUGAGAGUGCGAAGCUGACAAAACUAGACCAGUCUAGGCAAGCGAUGUUGCAUGGUCGAAUUGGCAAGACAAAGGUGCCAAAAAACGGGAAUGUCUUGUUUAGAGACAAGAAUGCUUAUGGUUUUCCAGUCCGCGAAGCUAAGAUUAGGCCAAAUCAGGAUCAUGGAGUUUCAAACAAAGAUGUUCGAGCUAGACGAACUGGGGAUUUGCAAGCCAACAUUGAGUCCAAACAUCAAAACCAACGCGUGUGA